AUGAGAAAGGUUGUGGUUGAGAUGAUUGGUACUAUGGCUGUUGAUUUGUGGAAUAAGGUUCUCAUCUUGAACUAUCCUCACAUAUUGCGAAGAAUAUUGAGUGGUAGCCGGUUGGGUGAAGGAUGGUUGUGGGAAGAUGAUGAUUGGUUUGGCAAUAGUGGCAUGUUGUCUAAAUUGGGAAAUGGUGGCGGUGGAAUGGAUGACAAACUAGACCCUAGUGAAUAUGCAACAGAAGAUGUAGAAAAAAUCAUAGAGAUAGCGUUGAUGUGCACUCAGCCAACUGUUUCAGCUAAACCUGCCAUGUCUGAAGUGGUUAUUCUUCUAAGUGACAAAACACCUAAGGAAAGACCACCGGUGAGGUCUACCACUACAGACGAAGAGGUGAAGAUUCAAGUUGUUAUGGAAUCAACAAUAUCUAAUGCCACUGCCUCCACAAUUCAACUUUCAGGCCGUUAA